GAUAUUCAUUUUCUAAUAAAAUAUUUUUCUUAUUCUUUCAGAUUCUUCUUCUCUUCCAUUUGCUCUUUCUCGUUUCUUACUUAAUCUCAUGGUCUAGGGUUUGGCUUCUAUAAUAACUUCUUAACUAAAUAGUAGUAAUAGGAAAGUCUAAACAUGGUAUCAGAGCAACAGACUAACGUCAUGAGUCCUGGCGACGAAAGGUAACGCAGAUUCGAAAGUCAAUCUUGUGGAAGUUUGUGGUCAGUAUCUCUCUCAGCAUAUAUUCAUUAGUGAUCUGCUGAUAUCUGGUGAAAGGAGUUAUGUUUAGUUAUUUGAUUUUGUUUCCUUUUACUGCUUAGUUAGAUUGGCUUUAUAUGUGUUGAUCUGAAAUGUAUAUGCUCUAUUAGGGCUUUAUUCUGGUAUUUUGUCUAUAGAUCUGCAAUUUUUUUUGAGUUAGAAAUUUCUAUCUCGGUCACUGUUCAUCAUAUAUUGGUUUUGAUAAUGUUUGUAUGGCCGUAUUGUGUUUUGAUCUAAUCUUGUUGUGUUCUAUUGUUUAGAGUUCUUGUUAUAACUUCAUAGAUCUGUUAGUUACUUGAGUAGAUCUCAGUUUUUUUUCAGUUUUGGUGUUUCAAUGUUUCAUGAUCUUUGAUAAUUCAUUCUUUUUUAAAGUUGUAUCACUUUUGUUUGUUUUCUUUUGUUUACUCAUACACCUAAAGGAAAAACAGGUAAUUCUCUCUUAAUUUACCUUUUCCUGAGUAAAAUAUUUUUGUUUCAAAGUCAAUAUUUAGUUAAUAAUUUGUUAGUUUAAGGGGUAUCUUUUAGUGUUUGAAAUACUAGGACUUUGGAUAUCAGGCCAAAAAGUGAGGGUAGAUUCAGCAUCUCUCUCUUUUUUAAAUAUUUUAGUGCUUUCUUUGAAAUUUCUAAGCGAGAAACCCUGUAAAAGAAGGGAACUUCAUCGGUUGACCCAAAGACUUGACUUAUUCUACUGAAUUUCCAAGAAGUUUCUUUCGUUACAGGACCUUAAGAAAUUGCAGCACUAUGUUCUUUAAAUGGCAUGUUGUUUGUUCAUCAACAUACUUCUCUUGCUGAUACAAAUAUUAAACAGAAGAUUUUGGUACAAUAUAAACCAUGAGUUUCACAGAGACUGAACGAAUGCUCUUGAAUGACAACGACGCCAUUAUCAAUAUACUGAUUCGAUUACCCUUAAGGACUUUAAUCCAAUGCAAAACUGUCUGCAAAUGGUGGCACAAUCUUAUCUCCAAUCCUGUGUUCAUCGCCACAUACUCCCAACAAAACCCCCAUCACUACUUUUCAGGCUUCUAUCUCCAGAAAUUCUUAUUUCUGGAACUUUAUUCGGAGCUCGAGUUCCUCCCAUACGAAGGCAACCACGCCGCUGUGCCUAGGCCUUCACUUUCUUUCAUCGAAGAUAACAAUGGUGUUUGCAUUCGAGACUCCUGCAAUGGCCUCCUUCUUUGCUCCAGCUUUCGGUGUUGCAACGAAGAAGAAAGAAUGUUCUACGUUUGUAAACCCACUACAAAGCAGUUUUUCCCCUUGCCAAAGCCUCCCUCGGAUCAAAUCAUUGCCAUUAACGUAGUAUACAAUCCUAAAAAAUCACCUUAUUACCAAAUUGUAUGCAUUUGUGAUUCCAAAACAAAGCCUAAUUACAAGUACAAGGAGAUAAAGAUAUACAGUUCGAGAUCAAAAUCAUGGAGGGAUUCAGGGAAUCCUAGCAUUAUUAUCAAAGAUGAUAUUGUAUUCAAGCGAGGAAUCUACACAAAUGGGAAGAUUCAUUGGGUUGGAAUAGGAGAAAAAUCAUUAACAUUCGAUGUAGAAAAGGAGGAAAUGCAGUGGAUUCCAAUGCCUGCAAUAAGGGAGGGGUGGAGUGAAAGAAGAAUAGGGUAUUUCGGAGAAUCGAGGGGCAAUUUAUAUCUGAUUGAGAACUAUGGGCCUUGUAGCUGUGCAUUUGAUGUUAUGGAGAUGAGGGGGGACUAUUCAAGGUGGACAUUAAAGUACCAUGUUGAUCUUAACAUGGGAAAUCUUUAUCGUUUCAAUGUGUUACAGAUUGUUCAUGAAAAAGUUGGUGAGGAAUAUGAGCCAUUAAUGGUGUUGAAAGGCCGCGGUGGGUUUAUGUUGUAUAAUAUGAGGGAAAAUGGAAUUGUGAACCUCACUUGCUCUACAUUUCCAGUGAAGGAUGUAGGUGACUCAAACGGAUUGUGGUAUAAUUGGGAAGCGGUUUUCCCUUAUACCAAUACUCUCUGUUAUAUUUGAUUCAUUUUGUGUGUAAAUUUGGAAUAUUAAAGUUAUAUAUUCCAUUAAUUCUCUUGUUAA